CUGGUUGUUGAGGAUAGUUCUAACAAGCCGCAGUCUAAAUGGGAUCUGAACUGAACGAAUCUGUCAUCCUUUCAAACUAUUCAGCGUACAUCGCACCAAAUGAUCCGCCAUUCUAUGUGGAACCACCAUCUCUCAAGAUAUUUCGCUUUGUGAUCUACGCCAUUAUCAUCGUGUUGGCUCUAGUGGGCAAUAUUGCCGUGUGUAUCAUUUCUACUCGCACUCGACGCCUUCAGACUAGCACCUAUUGUUUACUAAUGAAUUUAGCAGUUUCUGACAUCGGAUCUGUGAUGUGCCUUCCAUUUCUGUUGCCAGAGCUGUACAUUGGAAACUGGCCCAUGGGAGAAGCAAUGUGCAAACUUGUUAAACCAAGUGUGGUCAUGUUUAACUUUGUGACAACCAAUACGUUGGUAGCCAUUGCGUGUGAUCGUUUUCGCGCCGUGGUGUUUCCGUUCGUUUCGCGACCGUCGAAAUCGGAAACACGAUCAAUCAUAGCUUUGUUAUGGCUGAUCGCUUUCUUAUUUUCCCUGCCCUCGUAUGGAGCUAUGGCAGUUAUUUCCUACCCAGACAGUCCUUACACCUUCUACUGUAUAGAUAUUUUCUCGGACAACAUGGACAAAGACAUUUUGUAUCGCCGCAUUUACACUAUAACAAUGUACAGUGUACAAGCCCUUGUUCCAGUACUUGUCAUCUCGGCGCUGUAUUUGAAAAUCACGGCCACGUUGAAGCAUAUCCGUCUUGUACCACUGGCACUCAGGCCCUCUCGCGCAAGCUCUCUGAACUCCACGCCUAACGGGAGCCCGCGUUCCUCGAUGGUGAAUAUAAACAAGCUGAACAUGAAUCCGGCAGGCGCACUGCGCAGGCAGAUGAUUGAAAAAAAGUUCUUGACAAUGUUGAUAGCUGUACUGCUUGUCUACGUGCUCUGUUAUCUUCCCUUUCAAACACUGUAUCUAAUUUACGAGUUUAAUCCAGACAUGGGCUAUUUACCUUAUAUACAAUUGUUGAUUGAUUACUUCUACGUGAUUGUGUGGCUGCCCAAUGCCAUAAAUCCUAUCUGUUACGGUUGCAUGAACGAACACUACAAGAAGGCUUUUAAAUCGCUGAUUUUCAGGCCUCGUAAGUUCUUUCAUUCGCUGAGAUCGCGGAAUAGUUUUUCCCAAUCUCUCGUUGGCACCACUGCAUAUAGAAUACGCUAGACUGUGGCCAGUAGGAAUUACGUAGAGAAAGGAACACAAUAUACUUUCUGUAUGCUAUUAGCCGUGGUACCUUGAUGCCGUGAAGGUUGUUUGGUUGAGUUUCAACCUUGUGAUCGCCCGACUUCGGCUCGAUAGGCUUUUAGAAAGAAAAUGAAGCUUAGCAUUUUACCAUGGUGAGAAACAUCAAAACAAACCCAAAAACCGAAAAAACAAGAUCGAGAACAAAGUUAUGAUUUAAGACUCAAGUACGCUGAGAAGGUGAAGAAAGUUUUACCAAGAAAAAAUGACAUCAGAUAUAUUUAUUUGCGUUGCAAUGCUCUGAUAAUUGUGUAAUACAGUAUGUAAAAUAUUUUUGUGAAAACAAAUUAUGUCAGGCAUGUAUACGGAUAUUUAAAAGAGUUGUAAAUAGAUUAGAGCUUUAUUGUUAUGACAAGAGAAUAUGAUGAAUUUUACUCGCCUUGUUAAUCAACUGCACUCACAUUGAGACGAGGAGCUGAACGAAAAAAUUCGACCUGAAUAAACUAAAUGACCUUUGUCCAUG